GCCCGGCGGGAGGACUCAUACUCGCCCGCGCCUUCGACACCCACGGGGUCCGCCGCCGCCGAGCCGCCGCCGCGGGUCGGGAAGCAGGAGUCCAUCAUGUCCGUCAGCCUGACGGGGGGCGGCUCGCCGCGACGGGUCCGGAGGCCCUCGCUCGUGGGCGCCGCCUUGGGCACCGACGAUGACGCAUGCUCGCGCCAGAGGUCGGAGAGGAUCAUGAAGCGGUACGAGAAG